UUGGGCCUCGAGAUGUCCCGUAGACUCGGCUGGCUUGCCGUGUACAGUCUGUCAGUGACCCUCUUCACGUAUCUCCUCUUUCUGAAGAGGGAGGCCAAGCCGGCACAGCAGGGAGGGGGCCCUGUGGUGAGGCACCCCUUCUGGGCACCUACAGUGUCCCACCACAGCCUGUGUCUGCCCAACUCUGAAGUGACCAACACAUCCACAGCCCUGCCUGUCCGUCACCGCCUCUUCCUGACCUAUAAGCACUGCCGGAACUUCUCUACCCUAUUACAGCCCACAGGCUGCCCCACUGACACCUUCCUUCUGCUGGCAAUUAAAUCGUUGCCUGCUCAUGUGGACCGGCGUGCAGCCAUCCGCAGCACCUGGGGCCGGCUCAGGGCCCUGCACGGGGGACAGCAGCUAAAACUGGUGUUUCUCUUGGGAGUAGGGGGAACUUCUCCACCCCCUCAGUUGUUGGUUUAUGAGAGUCAGGAAUUUGAUGAUAUUUUACAGUGGAACUUUACCGAGGACUUUUUCAACUUGACUCUGAAGGAGCUUCACCUCCAAAGGUGGCUGGCUACCAGCUGUCCACAGGCCCAGUUUGUCCUCAAAGGGGAUGAUGAUGUCUUCGUCCAUGUGCCCAAUGUCCUGGAGUACCUAGAAGGGCAAGACCCCAGCCAGGAUCUCUUUGUUGGGGACGUGAUCAGUGAAGCCCUGCCUAACAGGAACACUAGGGUCAAGUACUUCAUCCCCCCCUCCAUGUACCGUGCUCGCCACUACCCACCUUAUGCUGGAGGUGGGGGAUAUGUGAUGUCCCAGGCAACAGUUCGAGGGCUCCGGGCUGCGGUGGAGGAGGUGGACUUAUUCCCCAUUGAUGAUGUUUUUGUGGGGAUGUGCUUGAAGAAACUGGGAGUGAAGCCAACCCACCAUGCAGGAUUCAAGACUUUUGGGAUUCAGCGCCCCCUGGACCCCCUAGACCCAUGUCUGUACAAGGGGCUGCUGCUGGUGCACCGUCUCAGCCCCCUGGAGAUGUGGACUACAUGGGCUUUGGUGAAGGAUGAGGGCCUGAGGUGUGCUGCCCUUCCUGCCCGGACCCAACAGACUGGCUGAGGGCGUGUCUGAGAAGGCCAGACUGGUAGUGUCCAGAGCUAGUAGGGGAUUUUGCCAUUGGUUACUCUGUACAAAAGCUAAGAGAGCUUUUAAAGUAAUGUAGCUUAAUAGGAAAUUAUUUCCCAAACAGUAGUCCCACUGCAGUGUAGCCCCACUAAAGAUUCCCUUUAACUUUGAUUAAAAACACACACAAAGAGCCUGG